AUGGAGUCCAUUAAAACCAGUUUAAAAAACAUAAAUUUAUCUGUAAAUAAUUUAGAGUUAACCAGGAAUUCCGAUCCUUUUCCUGUGUUGCCUUUGGUGCAUACUGAUACGUUCUUUAUUAAAGAUCAUAACGACGAUGAUGUCGAAUACACACUUGUUGUAAUUAAGUUUUCUGAUUCUUGGCAGAUCUUUUUGACCUACUCUGACAACGUUGCGGCAUGGCUUUGCUCUUCUGCUGAUCUUUCCCAUUCGGACAUCUACACUGUCCGUGUUCUACUUGGAGAUAGGACUAAGGAGCACCUAAAGAUGUACUCCAGGAACGGGAUUAAAAUUCUCUACGACUGUUUAAAGGAGUCUAAUAAACUAAACAAGUAUUCUCCCACUGAUGAGCUCAUCUUAUUGAUGGCCUUAGAUAUCAAGGACGACAGCAGUAAAACAUUCCAUCAAAUAAUGGAAAGAUUAAAAUCCACUUUUAAAAUGCUAGUUUAA